AUGUCUCCAAAAUGCCCAGACAGACUGCUACCAAAGAUCCAAAGGAAGAAUCAGGAUCAAUAUGUUGACUAUGGGAAGAAGCUCAAUCUUAAUCAGAUUGGAGCAACUGUCCCAGCUACUGUUCCAGCUAUAGUUCCUGGAGCUUCAGCAUCCACAAGUGGAGCAUCAAGUGUUGCGGGAAGUGUUAACACACCUUUGCGACUUGCUGGUACUACAGGUAAUCAAAUGAUGCAAGUUCCUUCUGGAAUGCAGCUCAUGCAGAUUCAAACUCAAGGUGGCGGCACUGUUACUGUCCCUUAUUCUAUGAAUGCUAACGGUGAGAUUGCGUUCAGUGGAAUGCAACUCAGCCGACAAGGCUUCAGUGGUGCUCAACUUGUUACAUCAAAUGUCUUUCACGAUGCUAUCAAGGGAAAGGAUGAGAAUGGCAAUGAUGUCUAUCUUAUUCCAUGUCCUGCUGGUACGACAAAUGUCAAACUUCAAGCCGGCUGGCACUAUCCUAGUGAAGAUGAAGAUUUGCCUGAUCUUGCUACUGAAGCAGAUCGAGGUAUGCAGUUUAUUCAAAGCCGCAGAAAGGAAAGAAUUCCAUUUGGGUUGUACGAUCAUGUCAUCAUGGACAGUGGUUGUACAAACACCACCAUUUGUAAUGGUGAGCUCAUGCAUGGACUCCGCCAUGCUGAGAAAGAACUUGACAUGCACACUAAUGUGGGCAGCAGAGUUCUCGAUGAAGAAGGUUUUCUAGGAAGAUUUCCACCUCCAGUUUAUCCCGAUGAAGAUGAGAUUGCCAAUGUACUUGCUAUGCGCGAGAUGAUUGCUGCGGGAUACCGCAUUACUAUGGAUACUGAUGCUGACAAUGCUUUUAUUGUGCAUUGUGAUGGAAACAGAAAGAUGCGAUUUGUGAAUCGUAAGGGUGUGUAUGUGUUGGAGCAACUUGGAGCAAAUGUCAAACCAGGUGCCAAAGAGACAAGUGCAAUGUACCGUCGCCAGUUAAGCAACUUAAAUAAUCAACCCCAUUUUGAACUUUCUUCAAACAAACAGAAUGGAAAUGCUGGACUCGAGAUGACCUCCAAGAUGGCAACCAUUCAAAAGAACAAGGAAGGAUUCACUCCAAGACAAGUCAAGGCUGCGAUGGAAGCAAGAAGCGCGAUGCACAUACUCAAUGCUCCAAGCACCAAAAAUCUGAAGUAUGCGAUCCGAUCUGGUCUCAUCAAGAACUGUCCUAUCACCGAAGAAGCGAUCAAUCAUGCCGAAGCAAUCUUUGGACCUGACGCCUCUACAUUGAAAGGCAAGUCAACAAGACCAACU